CGGUGCCGUCGGGGCCACCGUCGGCGGGUCUUGGCGAUGGGCAGCGCGGGGGGGCCCGGUGGGGCCGCCCUGCGUGCCUUGGUGUCGGUGGCCGCCGGGCUGCUGGCCUGCGGCGUGGCGAGCGAGUACGACUAUGUCAGCUACCAGUCAGACCUGGGCCCUUACCCCGGCGGGCGCUUCUACGCCAAACCCCACCAGUGCGUGGCCAUCCCUGCCGACCUGCGGCUUUGCCACAGCGUGGGCUACGACAAGAUGGUGCUGCCCAACCUGCUGGACCACGAGACCAUGGCCGAGGUGAAGCACCAGGCGAGCAGCUGGGUGCCACUGCUCAACAAGAAUUGCCACAUGGGUACCCAGGUCUUCCUCUGCUCCCUCUUUGCCCCCGUCUGCCUGGACCGGCCGGUCUACCCCUGCCGCUGGCUCUGCGAGGCCGUGCGUGACUCCUGUGAGCCUGUCAUGCAGUUCUUUGGCUUCUUCUGGCCAGAGAUGCUCAAGUGUGACCAGUUUCCCCAGGAUGACGUCUGCAUUGCUAUGACAGCUCCCAAUGCCACCGAGGUCUCCAGGCCCAAAGGAACGACUGUGUGUCCCCCUUGUGACAAUGAGAUGAAGUCAGAGGCCAUUGUGGAGCACCUGUGUGCCAGCGAGUUUGCUCUUAAGAUGACCAUAAAGGAAGUGAAGAAGGAGAAUGGGGACAAGAUGAUCAUUCCACGGAAGAGGAAGGCACUGAAGCUGGGGCCCAUCCGGAAGAAGAACCUGAAGAAGCUGGUGCUGUUCCUAAAAAAUGGGGCAGACUGUCCCUGCCAUCAGCUGGACAACCUCAGCCACUACUUCCUCAUCAUGGGCCGCCAGGUGAAGACCCAGUACCUGUUGACAGCCAUCUACAAGUGGGACAAGAAGAACAAAGAGUUCAAGAAGUUUAUGAAGAAGAUGAAAUCACCCGACUGCCCGACGUUUCCGUCCGUGUUCAAGUGAUGUGCUGGGUGGCGGGAGAGCCACCGGGACCUGCGCAGUCGGGCACGGCGGCUUGGUCUCGCUGCUCUGCAGCAGGGAUGCUGGAGCCCAGCCCUCCUGCUCCUCCAUCCUGCUCCUCAGAGCUCCCUCACUGAUCUCAGCCCUCCCACAUCCUUGGCCUGAUCGCCUGGGCACGCGCUGCCUGUGCUCCGAGCAGUCGCUGAGGUCACACACGAUUUACGUCUGCAUUGUCUAAAGACCUGUUAUUGUACAGAUAUGUACAACCAUUGAAAUAGCAGCUGUCAGGUAAAGAGGGCAAGCAGAGGGGUGUGAGUGAUGUUAAGAGCUUGCAUGCUUGCAGAAAGGACCCUCAUGACCACGUCACUCCUGUCUUCAAGGCUGCAGGAUUGCCCUGAAUUCCUGUAUGAACCAGAGCUGGCUGAUUAGACAGAGAUCCUAUCUUCAUGAUCAAAAUUAAUAAAUGAGUAGUGGAGAACCCAUUACAACCUCUGAUAAGAAUUCCUAAUAGCUAAUUGCCCUCACUGUAAAAAAUAUCCCAUUAUAGUCUUAACCUGCUUAGUUUAAGCCUUAACCCUGACUCCUUGUGGUGCCUUGUUGGGCUGGAGCCCUCCCUUACCAGCAUCUCUCGUAGUGUCUCCCUGGGUGCCUGCCUUGGCAUCUGCUCUGCCAGCUGAGCCCCUUUUGCCCAGUGCUGUGCUGCACCCAGGUAGCCUUUGAGUCUGCACUGUGCCCAGUGUCUUGGUGCACUGGCAGGGGCAGAGGGGGCUCUGUGCCUCACCUGUGCCUUUGGCCUUGUGCAAGCCCCUGUCUCAGCAGCGUUCAGCUGAGAUCCCCCACCUGCGUGUGGCAGUUUCCGUGCACAGCUGGCGUGCCCAGACCUGUCAUUCCAUUUUGAGCCCGAGCAAAGGUUUGGUUGCUGGCCUGCCUGGGGCUUUGGCUGGGGGGAACUCAUGGCCAGCUCCUCCAGCUUGUGUCACUUCCUCACUUUACCAGUGAUGUUUUUAUAGUUCCUUUAGGCUGCUGGCAAAGUACCAGAGUGCAGAAGGCCAAGAACUUUUCCCUGAAGAGCACUGCAGGGAAUGUAUCGUCUCUGUCUUCCCCUCUUUGCUGUGGGACCCAUCAGUCUGGGGUUUUCUCUGUUUGAUCUAUGACAACUUGGCUCUCUAUCAUUAUGUCUUUUUUGCCGUAAUUGAAAUGUCAUGUUUGUAUGAUUUCAAAUAGCUUAUGAAAGACAAAGACUAUCUUACCCAAAUGACUACAUUUAUCAACCAAGCUGAAAUUCAUUAUUCUGUUAAUUGGACUGGUUCUCUUUUUCACAGACCCAUACCACUCUGUAUUCAUUAUCCUUCCUCCUUCCAUUUAGUAUUCUCAUCCAUAACCAAUACUCUAAGAGAAUGAAUAUCUGAUGUCUGAGAUAAUCCUGUUGUAUCACAGUUAAGUGAAAUAACAAAUCCUCAUUUUUGAGGUUUGAACCAAACCCCCUCAAAACUGGUAAAUUAAUUGUUCCUUAGCUUGGGAGUGGUGCUUAUUUCCCACAUGGGGACAGAGCCAUGGACUUGAUUGUAGAAGAAUUCUAUUAACAAGCCAAGUACUCUGAGGAAUGAUGUUUCACAGCUAACAGAGAGAUGGAUUUAAGAUGUGAACUUUGUAGAGUCUCCUUAGGUUGUCUUAGACCACCAUUUGUAGUAGUGUUGUUUCUUUAUUGCAAAAUUAAUCAUUGUAGAUAAUGUGCUUUAUUAGCGACAUAAAGAAAUAAAUAAACCAUGGGCUUUAACAUCACAGAUUGAUGAGGUGAAAUGAUGGAGAGGGCUGGCAAAUCCAGCCCUGUGGGGAAUGUUGUCAGGACAUGAUGAGCUGAAAGUGUGGCUCUCUGUGAGUGCCCACAGUGCCCCUAAAAGCCCCACUGGGACGGGGCAGGGACCCUCUGUCCCCGCUGCCUCACCUUCCUGAGCGCAGCACAGCAGAGGGUUGCCUGUGGCAGAGAGAAUGCUGCUGCUAAAAUUGCCAAAUGAAUCCAUCAAAUACGAUUCCCCCAAUCUCCCUUUUUAUAAAGAGAGGCUGUUUCCUAACCCUUUUGGGGCUGCUGCAGCAUGACUGGCUGUGGGUGUGCUCGGGGAGCCUGGCCUAGAGGCUGUCGAUGGUCUCAGGGCAUUGCAGCAGGCUGUCCAGGGAAGUGCUGGAGUCACCAGCCCUAGAAUGCUUCAAGAAAUGAUUAGAUGUGGCACAUUGGUUUAGUCGACAUGGUGGUGUUCAGCCAACAGUUGGACUCAAUGGUCUUGGAGGUCUUUUCCAACCUUUUUGAUUCCAUGAUUCUGUGAUUGCAUGCCCACUGGCAUGCAGCAGCUGUAGCAGGUUGCAGGGAGAGCAGGUGCCCUUCCUGGGAAGCUCCUGCUGCUUCAGCCAGCCCUGUCUGCAGCUCACAGGUGGUUUUAAUCAAAGUGAUUUUUUACCCACCUGUUGGGUGAGGAGCUGCUGAGAAUGUGCUGCAGCCCCAGCUGGGCAUUAGUGCAGGGGAAGGUUUAAGAGCUCGGGGUAAGCAACAAGUUCUUUCUGCAAUGCCUGAGACAUUGGCUGCAGCGGUUGUCACCACAAGACCAGGUAAGGUCAGUGCUGUGGAGCUGCUGCUUGGGGUCUGCUUUUCCCAGCUCAGAGCUGGUGCCUGGGGCAGUCUGAGAGCUGACCUGGGGCAGUUCAGGGCCUGGACUGAAUCUGGCUCUGCUUUGUGUCCCUGCAUUUCACUGCUGGUUCAUCUGUGGUCAUUCAACAAAGUGAGAGCAUCAGGUCGGUUUGAAGAGAUGCAGGAAGCCAGGCAGUGUGUUUGCUGAAAAUUUAUAGAAUCGAUUCCUUUACUAGCUUCUUGUAACUGGCAAAUCCUGAAGUAUUUUUUGGUCAUGUAAAAAGUGAGACUUGCAGUCAGACUGCUGCAUGUGGGUGCCUUUGUUGUCUUUAGAUUUCCUAUACUGCUCUCCAACAAGAAAAGUUUACUAAAACCUGAAGUGGGCUAAGUGUAAACUAUGGAGAAAGUACCCAAGAUCCUGGAUUGUGCCUGUGUGGAGUCAUGUGGAGCAAACAGAUGUUUACUGAAACAAGGAAGCACAAAAGUCUCCUUAAAACAGGCACCAUGUGUCUGGAGUAGUGUUCCCAGAACAGAGAGAUGGGUGUUUGUGCAGUUCACGGAUACACUUUACAUUUUAGAAUGUCAGAUGCUGAUUGUUAUGAUGAGUUCUGGUUUAAGUUACAAGCAUGUGUAUAAGUGCUCAGUCAUACUUUGUGCUGGGAGACACCCUCGGUUUUGGCCUGCUGUGGGGUGUCUGUGGGACAGUGAUGUGCCACCUCUGGGACACUCAGGCUUGCUACAGCCUGGGCUUGUUUGAAGUAUGAACCUUAAAUCCUAAAAUAAAAUAUGAUCCUUUUGUGACUCA